AUGGAUGAUUGGCCGAAGGCAUUGCUACCGCAGAAAUGUUUGCCGCCGGAGAUGACGGCCACGGAUUCAGUGACCGAUGAUAAACAAGCGUUAGAUAGCGAACGGCACGAGUACUGUUCCGACGCGGACUCCGAUGACGUGAUGUUCAGAUCUGCCAGUUCUUCAUUCGAUGACCCAAAGGAUGUGUCCGCCAUAUACUUGGAAACCGAAUCUACGGGUGUUAACGAACCGCCGAUGGAAAGGGUGUCCUACGAGUGUCGGACACCGAUUACGUCCCGAAAGGAUUUCAAUUAUAAGCAAUACAUAAAGAGUAUGAAUAAUGCGUCGGAAAAGCCAUUGGAUUACUGCCACAAACCUAUUGAAAGUGACUACAACUAUGCCGCCGACGACACCACCACUCGAGCGGAGGUCAGCGAUGGACACGACUCGCAACUGACGCCACCCGAAGGAAGCGUACGAAGCGAUAGUUUUGAUGACACAGACGUUUAUCGGGCGGUUGUCAAACAGAUAUCGGCCACAGAAUCAGAUGACGAAACUCUGCCAAUGGCUGCCGUGGAAGUGGACGCCGCGGUCACUGUUGACAAUACAAUGCAAUCCAUUAGCGAUCCAAUUCAUCGCUCCCGUAUGGCCGCUGUUAUGACCGAACUAUUGGCCAGAUUUGUUGGCUAUGGAUGUAAUUCAUCGGUUGAAUGCACUGACAACUGUCGCGUUGAAUCAAUUGAUGGACAUUCAGAUGAUGGCAGUGUAUCAUUGAAUACAUGCGCCGAUUCAUUGGCGACCGGCAUUUCCUAUCUUCAAUUGGACACAUCUGUUGACCAAUCAAUUGGUACACACAUUGAUGACACGCAACCAUCAGUUGAUAAGCAGCCAUUGACUGUAAUAGAGAGUCCGAAGACUGCACCGGUGGUCAAUUCACCGGUUCCGCCGCCAAUCAACAGAAACAUUUUCAAUUAUAAGGAGUAUAUAAAGAGUUUAAAAGCACGUCCAGUGCCGCCGCCGGUGCCGCCAAAACCGGACAAUCUAAAGGCAGAUCUUGCAAAGCUGAGGAGACUUACCACCAGUACAUUUGAUCCCCGCUCUAUGGAUACCACAAAUGCACACGUAAUGGACAACAUAUCUGCGCAUACGUUGCCGUCUGCGCCGAUUGAGGGCACUUUGGGUGCGGUCGGCGGUGAUCCGGAGCCGUACGGCAAGAGCAUUGCCGACGCGCCGGUCAAUGAUUUUGUGUUGGCGGCGUUGGCGGGCAUACCGUUAAUCUGCGGUAAAGGCAAUCAUAUGGAGUACAACUAUCGGCUACAGAUGCAACUCAUUGCCGAUCGCAUUAAGACACUGACUACUCGAUUGAAGUCGGUUUACGCCCGUCUGCGAGAGGUGGGCGUCAGGCCUCUGUGCCCGUGCGCUGACGACGACCAGCGCUGUCUGGACCAGAUGUCGGACGCGAUUAAGCGUAUGUAUCCGUAUCCGCACGUGACUGACGGUCCGGUGGAAUGGGUGGACACUCGCAACGCCCGUCUCUACCGGUAUCUGGUGUUGCGCCAGGAGUUGGCCAUUAAUAACGAGUUAAUGUUUAACAGUUGUUGCACUCGUUUCUAA